CAACUAAAGUAUAAAAUAUGAUAUCGUAGUGGACCACCCCUUUAACAUCCAACGUCAUGCUUGUUAACAUUAGUCAAUGCACCGUGAGUAAACCAACUCAAAAUGAACUAUAUUUCUAUUAACUAACAUGAACCAACACAUGUAUUGUUCAUGAGCCCCCACAUCCUCCGCUGGUUCUACCCCUGCACUGUGAAGAGCAUCCUGUCUGGCUGCAUCACCACCUGGUAUGGAAACAGCACCAGCAGCAAUCGCAAAGGCCUACAUAGGAGUGUGCGAACUGCGGGACGCGUAGUAGGAAGUGAGCUUCCCUCCCUCCAGGACAUCUACACCAGGCGGUGCAUGAGGAAAGCCAAGAGAAUCAUCAGUGACUCCAGCCACCCAAGCCGUAGACUUUUCUCUCUGCUGCCCUCAGGCAGACGGUUCCACAGCACGGUCACGCACCAACCGACUGAAGGAAAGCUUCUUCCCUCAGACUAUCAGGCUGACGAACACUUAACACAACACACACAGACUCUUCCACACGCCUCACUGCACACCAUCAAUAUGUAGCAUGCACUGCACUUUAACCAACCCAUACUAGAAACAAUACUGCCUACAACCAUGUGGACACCUAUUCAUUGCAUAUAUCGCCGUCAUCAUAUUUGCUCUCUUUGCAUUUUGUACAGUCUGGGGCCAGCACCUAAGCUUUUCACUCAUCAUAACACACGAUCUGCUGAUGAUGUGACAAUAAAGUGAUUUGAUUUGUUUAUUCCUGUUAGGAAAUGCAUUAACUAAUGCAACCUUAUUGUAAAGGCUGUAAAACAAAUUAUUGUAAACUCUUAACCAUUUUAAGAUACAUAUGUUUAUUGUAUACUGUGAUUAAUUUGUGUAUAAUCUCUCAAAUAUGAUUUAUAAUGAGGUAUAUCCUCCUGCAGUGUUUUCCUAUAUCAGUGUUGUGAAUCACCUUUCAGCGCUCCUCCAGCUGCAGGCAUCUGUACAGCUGGAUUAUCAGUGUUUGUUUCUGCUUUCCUCAAAUAGAUCUCCUCAUCAUGUCAGUGUGUGUGUGUGUGUGUGUGUGUGUGUGUGUUAGUGCCAUUGCUUCAUGAAUCUUCUGAUAAAUAUAGUCCUGCAGUGUGACGCUAUAGUAUAAACACUGCUGAGCGGCCGAUGCUCUGCACAAAUAACCACAAAACCAGAGCAGACUGACCCAACAGGAUUUAAUGAAAUGCUUUUCUCGAGGAAAUUCUAACCUAAUCUCUUUUCUUCUCUGAUUGGUGCUUAAUGAUGUGGGGGCGGAGUCGACCUGUCACUCAUAUGUGAUCCACCAAUAGCAAACCACAACCAUCCAUUAAAUCCCCAUGGAAUCAAGCCCCUCCCACACCAUUUCUGGCCAAUAGCUUCAACCCUUUAUCAGGCAGCAGAAGUCAUUAUGGAAGGUGUUCAGUGUGGAAAUGCAGGAGUUGCAGUAAAGAUGAACAGAAAAGAAGAUGAAGAUGAAGAAGGUGAAGCCUGUGAGCGCAAAGCAUGCUGGGAGCCCAGUGUUCUGUCCACCAUCGGGAAGGAGAUCGUUUAUUUCGCUGGUCAAGAGAUCAAAAUCUGGGAAUCUCUGGAUUCAUUCGGUGCCGUCAUCUGGCCUGCGGCUCUGGCUCUGUGUCAUUACCUCGAGUCCCACCAAUCGACGAUAGAUCUUCUGGACAAGGCGGUUCUGGAGAUUGGAGCGGGUACGGGUCUGGUGUCCAUCGUGGCCAGUCUGCUGGGAUCUUGGGUCACUGCGACUGAUCUGCCGGACGUCCUUGGGAACCUGAGAGCCAACCUGUGCAGAAACACCCGCGGCCGCUGCAGGUACACCCCGCAGGUGGAGGAGCUCACCUGGGGCUACGAGCUGGAGAAAACCUUCCCUCACUCGGUCUACAGAUACGACUAUAUAUUAGCAGCGGAUGUGGUUUAUCAUCACGAUUACCUGGCAGAACUACUGGUCACCAUGCGGCACUUCUGCCAGCCGGGAACCACACUCAUAUGGGCCAACAAAACCCGCUUCGGCACUGACCUGCUGUUUGUGGAGAACUUUAAAAAGAGCUUCAACACAAGAUUACUUGCAGACGACGGAGAGGUCAAGAUUUACGCCGCCACCGCAAAAGAGUCAGAAAUAAUGGAUGAAGAACAAGUGAAGGGAGAAGACUUUAAUGAAGAAAUAUUUAGAGAACAGAAACCUGAAUGUGGAAAUGAAGAUGCAGAGUUUAAAGAGUUAAGGGUUGAUAUGGAGGAAACAUUAGAGAUGGAGGAUGAUAUUGAGGACAGCUCAAACCCUGAACCACAGGAGAGUGAAGAAAAUAAAGACUGCAUACUGAAGGAUUCAACAUUAGCAGAUCAGAAAUUGGAGAAAGGAGAAAGCACAGAGAAGGACAAACAAGACGAGUGCAUUAAGCGAUCAUGGGCGCCGACUAUUUACUACAGACCUGGGAAAGAAGUUUAUCAUUUCAUGGGGGAGACCAUCACAAUUGAGGAGGCGCUGGAUUCUUAUGGAGCUACAAUAUGGCCAGCGGCGCGUGCUCUCUGCAGAUUCCUGGAAAGACCAGAGGGCAGACAAAAGAUUGAUUUACUUGACAAAUCUGUUCUCGAGCUUGGAGCUGGAACCGGCUUACUUUCAUCCAUCAUCACUCUUCUGGGUGCCAAACUAACUGCCACGGAUUUACCUGAGAUUCUGAGUAAUCUGACAUGCAACCUCAACAGGAACACAAGAGGACGGAGGAAAUAUGAGCCACGGGUCACAGAGCUUUUCUGGGGUGAAAAACUGGACGAAACCUUCCCCAAAUCCACACACCGAUACGACUAUGUGCUGGCCACAGAUGUAGUCUAUCAUCACGACUAUCUAACAGAGCUGAUGGCCACCAUGAGGCACUUCUGCCAGCCUGGAACUACUCUAGUGUGGGCAAACAAAGUCCGCUAUGCCAGAGAUCUGAGCUUCAUCGAUGACUUCUUCAGAUACUUCGAUGCCAGACUUCUUGAGGAGUUGGACGAUGUGAGGAUUUAUGUAGGAACCUGUAGGGAAGAUCAUCAUGUUCAGGAGAUAAAUGAGGGAGAGGAGGACGAUGCUGACUUUGAGUCGGAUAUUGAAGAAGCAAACUCUAUAAGAGAGACUGAAAAUGAUGUGGAAGAUGAGUAUAAUGUUGACUUUGAGUCAGAUAUUGGAGAAGUAAAGUCUAUAAGAGAGACUGAACAUGCUGUAGAUGAUGUGGAGGAUGAGCUGGAGUGUGUUGAUGAUCAUAGACUGCAAAAUGACAAGCAAGACUAUGAAGAACCAAAGGAGUGUGGGAGAUCUGCAGAGCAUGAGGAGCUCAAAGAAGCUGAAUCGGUUGACUCAAAGCCACCCGAGCGGAGAUCCUGGGCUCCCACAGUCUACUACAGUCUGGGGAAGGAGAUCUACAGCUUUCUGGGACAUGAAAUUAAGAUUCAGGAGUCUAUAGAUCAUUAUGGAGGAGUGGUGUGGCCAGCGGCACUGGCCCUCUGCCGAUUCCUGGACACCCAAGCAGGGCAAAAGCAGAUCAGUUUACUGGAUAAAUCAACCCUGGAGCUCGGAGCGGGAACGGGCCUCGUCUCAAUAGUGGCCACACUUCUGGGUGCUAAAGUGACAGCCACGGACCUGCCAGAACUCCUGGGUAAUCUGAGGUGUAAUGUGAACAGGAGCACCCGCGGGUGGCGCAGAUACGAGCCUCAGGUUUCCGCUCUGCAAUGGGGACACAGACUGGAGCAGAUGUUCCCUCGCUCCUCACACCAUUAUGAUUAUAUUCUGGCAGCUGACACCGUCUAUCAUCACGACUGCCUGAGCGAGCUGCUCCAAACCCUGCAGCACUUCUGUCAGAGUGGGACAACUGUCAUCCUCGCAAACAAGCUCCGGUAUCAGUCCGACAGGGCGUUUAUCCGGGACUUCCAGAAAGCUUUUAACACCACAUUACUGACAGAGCUGGAGGAGGUGAGGAUCUACUCUGCUACCAUUAGAAAUGGGUGAAAAAUGCUUAGCCACGCCCCUGCAACCAAUAGUUUGAUGUACAGGUAAAAUAGAAGGCGGAGCUCAAAAAUAAACCUCUCCCCCUUCUUAAUUUUCACUCAGCUACCAUUUGAAUUGGGUGAUAAAUGCUUAGCCACGCCCCUCCAAACUUAUGUUUGCUGUGAGUGAAAGAAGAAAGGCGGAGCUCAAAAAUAAUCCCCCCCCCUUACUCAAAAUUCACUCUGCUACUACUUGAAUUGGGAAAGUCUUAGCCACGCCCCUCCAACCAUUAGUUUGCUGUGAGUAAAAGAUGAGGCAGAGCUCAAAAACAAACCCCGCCCCUACACAUUUCACUUCGCUACUAUUUGAUUUAGUUAAAAAAUCCCUAGCCACGCCUCUCCAACCAUUAGUUUGCUGUUAGUGAAAGAUGAGGCGGAGCUCAAAAAUAAACCCCGCCCCCCAUUCAAUAUUCAGUUUUAGUUGGAAAUAUGUAAUCAUAAAUCUGCUACCACUUGAAUUAGAUAAAAAAAAUGCCUAGACACACCCAUCCAAGCAUUAGUUUGCUGUGGGUCAAAGAUGAGAGGCAGAGCUCAGAAAUAAACCCCGCCCCUACUCAUUAUUCAUUCUAUUACUAUUUGAAUUGGGUGGAAAAUGCCUAGCCACACCUAUCCUAGCAUUAGUUUGCUGUGAGUGAAAGAUGAGAGGCGGAGCUCAGAAAUAAACCCCGCCCCCACUCAAUAUUCACAAACAUACAAAAAACUAUUAGAGAUGACAAAACUAUGGAGUUAAUUUGUUGAUUAUUGUUGUGGAUUAUUAUUUAUUGUUUCUGAACCAUUUUUUUCUGUUGCUUUUCAGACAUGGAAAUGUAUAAGUUACAAUUGUUUUGUAUUGAGUUGUAUUAUUUACUUUGCUUAAUAAUUUUAUUUAUUGAAUUUUUUACGUCUUCGAAAUGAAGUCUAAAGUCUUAGCCACGUCCCUCCAACCAUUAGUUUCCUGUGUGAAAGAUGAGAGGCAAAGCUCCGAAAUAAACCCCGCCCCAUACUCAGUAUUCACACUGCUACUAUUUGAAUUGGGUAAAAAAAAAUGCUUAGCCACGCCCCUUCAACAAUUAGUUAGCUGUAACUGAAAGAGGCGGAGCUUCGAAAUAAACCCACCCCCUACUCAAUAUUUAGUUUAAGUUAGAAACAGAUGAUCAUAACUCCAAUACCAUUUUAAUUGUGUAAUAUAUGCUUAGCCACACCCAUCCAAGCAUUAGUUAGCUGUGAGUGAACGAUAAGAGGCGGAGCUCAGAAAUAUACCCCACCCCUACUCAAUAUUCACUCCGCUAACAUUUGAAUUAAGUGAAAAAUGCUUAGCCACACCCAUCUAAGCAUUAGUUUGCUGUGUGAAAGAUGAGAGGCGGAGCUCAGAAAUAAACCACGCCCCCUACUCCAUAUCAAUAUUCAGUUUUAGUUGGAAAUAGGUCAUCUUUACUCUGCUAACAUUUCAAUUGGGUGAAUAAUGUUUAGCCACGCCCCUCCAACCAUUAUUUUGCUGUGAAUGAAAGAUAAAAGGCGGAGCUCAGAAAUGAACCCCACCCCUACUCAAUAUUCAGUUCAAGUCGGAAAUACAUCAUCAUACUGCAAUAAAACAAGCAAGUAAACAAGUUUAAAGCAUUCAGACACAAAAAAAAUAACAUUUUAAGAAUGAUCAACAUUAUUUGUAUUUAAAAAUGCACAGAAUCAAGACUAUACAGUGUUUAUUUGCAUCUUAUUCAGUUACUGUAUCUAAAGACUGUUUAUUUCAUGUGUGUGUGCUGUAUUGUAUGUAUCUGUGCUUAAUUAUUGCGUUUGUCAAAUCUUGAAUGUGUUUAUUAUAGUGGGGGAAACGGGCUGAGAAUGAUGGGGAUUUUCUGCAGUAGAUUUGGCAGCUAAUAACACUUACAGCUUUCAAAAUAUUUUUUAAUAAGCAAAAUAAAAGCAAUUUUUAAUAAGUAGUGAUUUGUUGGCUCACAAAUAUGAAAUAAAGAGACAGGUUAAUGGAGAUAACAGUGUGAAAUAUUAUGAAAAUGUCUUACCGUGUCUUGAUGGAGGACGCUGCGCUUAAAAAAAUUAAAAGUUAAUAUGAAAUGCAUUUUGUAAUAAAAAGAUGAAUUAUUGUGCUACACACAAAAACAACUGAGCAUAUCACUGAAAACUAUACAUGUAAACAAUAAAAACAAUACAUUAAAGUCAAUAAAAACUCCUGAAUAAAGCCUGAGUGUGAUUAAAUACAAAUAUUAAGUCAGUUCCAGGUCAUUUUAUUCCAUAUCUUCCUCAAAUACAUCAUCAUCAUCAUCAUCAUCAUCAGCACAUUUAACAAAAUAACCGUCUGUCAUUUCUGAAACAUUCCACCAAUAGCAAUGGAUAUAAAAGAACACCUAACUACUCUAUGCAUGAAUUAAAAGGACUUUAAAAUAUUGGCAUUAACUAGAUUUCAUCUGUACUUUAUAAAUACAAGACAUCCAUAAAUAUAUCUGAGGAUAUUCAAGGGUUUCUUAAUACAGACUGAUAUGAGAUUUCCUGAAGAGUGCAGAAACGGACGGGAUUUAAAGAGACAGUACACGCCAAAACAUACAAACAUGUCCGAAUUAAGUGGUGGUAAACAUUUAUGCAUUUCUUUCUUCUGGCAAACACAAAAUAAGAUAUUUUGAAGAAUGUUCUGCUAUUGCAAGAAGAACAAAAGAAACUGAAACAAUCUCUUAUAUCGGUUUUGGGUGAACUGUCCCUUUAAUGAUUGUGAAUUUUUAAGGCCAUUUUAAAGAUCCUGCCAUUCGCAUCACCCUGAACAUCAACAAACACACACACACA